UCACAUUUAUCGAUAUAUUCACGAUUUCACCUUUGUUAAAUAAAAUUACAUAUAAACUCAAACCAUGAAACUAAAAACUAAAUCUUUAACCAUUUUCUUAUUACUUUCGUCAUUUUCUUUCUCGAAUUCAACCAUAUUUCGUGAACAAGAUGAUAAUCGUCUUAUCAAAGUAAACCAAGAAGAUCCACCUAAAUGGGUAACCCAAGAAGAAAUUAAUGUCCUUCUCGCAAACAAAGCACAUUUUAUGGAUAUUACGGAUCACAAAUCCCCAAUUCAUGACGUUUACUUAGCGUCACAAGAAUUUCCAGAAACACUUUAUUUUCAGUCUUUCAUUAAACCAACAUUUGAAAAUAUCAGCAUUCCUCGGAUGACCACGUUCGUCAACUCCUUGGCCAAGUUCACCACUCGGUACCAUAAUUCUCAAAGCGGGGUUGACGCUUCAAACUGGAUAGCAUCCCAGGCCACGGAAGCAAUCAAUAACAGCAAUCGAACAGGCGUUACAGUUGAAAAAUUUGCAAAUCCAUGGCGACAAAACAGUGUCAUAGCCCGAAUUCAAGGGUCCGAUUCUGGGUUAAAGGACGAAAUAAUCAUAUUUGGAGCGCACAUGGACUCAAUUAACUCCAAGAACAGGUUCGCUGCAGCGCCAGGAUCGGAUGACAACGCUGGUGGUUGUGUCACCGUAAUGGAAACUUUCCGAGUUUUACUGGCCUCAGAUUUUGUGCCGAAAAGGUCGCUCGAAUUUCAUUUCUAUUCCGGAGAAGAGGUCGGGCUCUUAGGAUCUGGCCACGUGGCAUCCGCCUACUACAGUAAAAGGGCCAAAGUGAGGGCCAUGGUCAAUUUUGACGUGGUCGGGUAUAACGCGGGGAAAAAUCAGAUUGGUCUAGUGACUGAUCACACUGACGCCAAACUGACCAAAUUUCUGAACACCGUUGUCCAAGAAUAUUGCAGUUAUACAGCUUUUGAACACGCGGGUACGCAUGCUCAGAUCACGCGUCCUUUAACCGGUAUAAAUUUCCCGCCGCGUUUGCGAGUGAAUAUCCCUUUAAUCCAGACAUCCACACGAAAAGGGACACCAGCGAUAAGAUGAGUUUUGAACAGGUAGGAGAAUUUGUUAAACUUGCGGUGGCAACAGGGAUUGAACUCGGGGAGAAAAGCUGAGCAUGUAUUUUUUACGUUAAAUUGUCAAUAAAUAAGUUGAUUGAAAACAA